CCUCUAUCUUCCUGUAGAAGUGAUUGAGUGUCCCAUUGACCUAUACUUCGUGAUGGACUCCUCUGAGAGCAUCGCCCUGCAGCAGCCCCCUCCAGGAAGCCUGGUGAAGAGGGUGGCAGAGUGGACCAGGGAGUUUGCCCUGAGGCUCCGGGAGGAGGUGUACAACAGACAGGUGAAGAUCAGCUGGUUUAUGGGGGGACUCCACUUCUCCCAGACACAGGAGCUCUUCAGUGAGAUCACCAGCAGAGAUAAAUUUGUCAAGAAUAUGGAUGCUAUCGACUGGUUAAAGUCUUACCUGGGCAAAGGUAAGACCGCCAACCCACAUUAGCAUACUUCUUCUUUAUGGAUCUAGCAUACUUCCAGUCAGCAUGUCAAUGUUCUGAACAGUAGUGUGUUGAGAACCUUCCAGUCAGCAUGUCAACGUUCUGAACAGUAGUGUGUUGAGAACCUUCCAGUCAGCACGUCAAUGUUCUGAACAGUAGUGUGUUGAGAACCUUCCAGUCAGCAUGUCAAUGUUCUGAACAGUAGUGUGUUGAGAACCUUCCAGUCAGCAUGUCAAUGUUCUGAACAGUAGUGUGUUGAGAACCUUCCAGUCAGCAUGUCAAUGUUCUGAACAGUAGUGUGUUGAGAACCUUCCAGUCAGCAUGUCAAUGUUCUGUACAGUAGUGUGUUGAGAACCUUCCAGUCAGCAUGUCAAUGUUCUGUACAGUAGUGUGUAUCCUGUGCAUAUGACAAAUGAACAUUGAUUUGAUUUCAGGUACCUACACUGACUGUGCCCUGGACAAGAUGACCGAGGAGAUGCAGCGCCACGAUCUCCGGGGACACAACUCUGUCCGCUUCGCUGUGGUGGUCACUGACGGCCAUGUGACUGGUGCCCCCUGUGGGGGGGUCAAGGUGUCUGCAGAACGGGCUAGAGACCAGGUACGAGGGGCAUACACAGUACAGGUCUUUAAAUCGAGGGGCAGACACAGUACAGGUCUUUAAAUCGAGGGGCAGACACAGUACAGGUCUUUAAAUCGAGGGGCAGACACAGUACAGGUCUUUAAAUCGAGGGGCAGACGCAGUACAGGUCUUUAAAUCGAGGGGCAGACGCAGUACAGGUCUUUAAAUCGAGGGGCAGACGCAAUGCAGGUCUUUAAAUCGAGGGGCAGACGCAGUACAGGUCUUUAAAUCGAAGGGCAGACGCAAUGCAGGUCUUUAAAUCGAGGGGCAGACGCAGUACAGGUCUUUAAAUCGAGGGGCAGACGCAAUGCAGGUCUUUAAAUCGAGGGGCAGACGCAGUACAGGUCUUUAAAUCGAGGGGCAGACGCAGUACAGGUCUUUAAAUCAAGUUUGCAAAUCCAUAUUUUUAGCCUUUAAUCAGUGAUGUUACUGUAUAGGUCAGUGAUGUUGCUGUACAGGUCAGUGAUGUUGCUGUACAGGUCAGUGAUGUUGCUGUACAGGUCAGUGAUGUUGCUGUACAGGUCAGUGAUGUUGCUGUACAGGUCAGUGAUGUUGCUGUACAGGUCAGUGAUGUUACUGUUUAUUCAUCUUGUUUUAUAUUACUUUAUUAAUCCAUUUUAUUAUUUUCGCUUGUUGUUUUACUGUAAAUGUAUUGAUUGGAAAUGCUCUUGAAAUAGUUGAUUUGAUUUGACCAAUCACAGCGCAUCAGCUUGUUCUCAGUAGCUGCUUCCAAGGUGGUGGAGGAAGCAGGGAUGGGGCUGAUCGCUAGCUCUCCUGCAGGGGUCUACCGCUCCGACUACAUGGCUGUCAAUGUCACAGGUGGGACUCAUUUGCAUGUUUAACCUAACACGUCAUUUAAUUGGUUAAUUGACAGAUCAUGUCAUCCUAACUCUGUGUAUUUAAACCCCCCAGUUUUUUUUUUUUUUUUGGGUUGUGGACAGCUGCCCACAGGAAGUGAAUGCAGUCUAGAGGCAUGCUGGAUCCCAGGGUUUUUAGGAUGUGACUGCUUUGUUUGUUGAGAUCACGUGGAUAAUGGAGUUGUUUGAGCUAUGGAGAUUUUGAGAAAAUGGACGCCUGCCUCCUGGGCUGCAUCACUUCCUGUAUCCCUUUUUAUUUUCUUGGUUUGUUUGUUUGUCUGAUUUAAACUAGCAUAGUAGUUACAGUUCAAAAGUAAGAUAAAUUAUAUUUAUAGAAGCAAAGCAAUUGAACGAAAAUGGGGACUGGAAUGUGUUUGGAACUAAAUAAUGGAAAACAUGCCUUAAAAAAUGUAAUGUUGAAAACUGUCCUUUUGUUGUCUGCCUCUGUUUCACUGUGCCUGCUCAACCCAGACCUUAAAGCCUGUCACAGUCCACCAUGUGACUCCUCCACUGGGAAAAUAGUCACAUCAUCCAUCAACAACAUUAUCAAAGCUAUGGUGAUUAUAUGUAGUGUUUUAUCCAGCUUUGAAUAUUCAUGUCUGAAACAUUUUCUAUGAUCAUAUAUCUAGGGCUGUCAAACGAUUUGCUAUUAAUCGCAAAUUCCGAAUUUUGGUCAAAGUGUGCUGUAUUUUAAGAUUUUUCAUACAAAAAAACAUUACAAAAAUAUUGACAUCUUGAUUUUGUCUAAAGUAGGAAAAUUGAGAAAUCACACUUUAUUUAAAAAUGUGCAAUUAAAAAUGUGCACUAAAAUUACAAAAAGUGAACUAGAGUUAACUGAAUAACGCUGACAGCCCUAGAUAUUUCAUUUAGUAUUCUAUUUUUGAUACCAGUUUUUCCAAAACAAACAUCUUCAAGUCUUUUUGUUUCCACUUCUCUACAGAAAUAUCAAGCCUAUCUGCAGGUAACUAAGAGUCUGUAACCUGAUGCUUCUGAACAUUUCUAUCCAACGGAUAUAUCUUCAUUUUCCUUGUAUGUAACGCUGUUUACUUCACAAUGUUUUUCUCCAUGAAUUCUCCAGUGUUCCAAACUCCAGUGUCUGGAGCUUCCAGGUCCCCCAGGUCCGAAGGGAAACCCAGGACCAAAGGUGAGCUUCCUUAAUUAAGUAAAACAUCUGAGAUUUUUGCAAGAAUGAAAUGUGUUUAUUCAUGUUUGUUUUAUGAAGAGUUUGUUUAUGUUUAUUUUAAUGCAUCUGUUUAUUUUAGGGAGUGAAAGGAGGAGUUGGGCUUUCAGGCGCUAAAGGAACCAAAGGAAAACAGGUAGGUGUUCUGACUACAGAAACACUGACAAGGGAACCUAGACAUUUAUAUAUAUUUCCAUAUAAAAAAAUAUAUAUAUAUUUUCUUCCAAAGAAUGUAGAUGAUAAUGUUUUUAUUAUUUGUGUUCAGGGGGACUCUGGUAUUGAAGGUCCGAUUGGUCCCGCAGGUCACAAGGUUGGUGUGUGUCUGGCUUUCCUCCCUAACCAAUACAGAUAUUCACCUUAUAGUGGAUCCGGACUAUUUUUUUCAACCUGUCUUUGUUUGCUUCUGUUUAGGGUGCGAUUGGUCUGAAAGGUGAAAAGGUAAGAAUAACUCAACAUUAUUCUAGUAAUUAUCAUGUGUAAAUCUUAUCAUUUUUUUAAUCAACAUUUUUAAACGAGACACGGAUUUGAUCUUUCCCCAGGGUGAAUUUGGAUCAGGUGGAACCAAGGUAAACUACACUAUUGAUUCUGACAUAAACGUUCUGAGUGUGUACGCCUUCACUUCUAUUUCUUACCGGAUAUGCUAUACUUUCCUAUUUUAACACUCUGAAUGACGUCUCAAUCACCAGGGAGUGUCAGGAGAACACGGCAGGGAUGGGACAGAUGGGCAGAAGGUACGAGGUGCUGCCACACUUCCCCUUGAACUGUAACAGGAGCCAAGGGGAACCCUGAGAAGAUGACCACCAACCUGUCACUCGGGUCCAGGCCCAUUGGGUCUAUACGGGAGGGUUGAUUAAUGUGGAUACAAGCAAUUCGCUACACCCGCAAUAACAUCUGCUAAAAAAAAAAUGGAUUUGAUUUGUUUUAAUUUAAUUUGAUACUAAUAGGAAUCUUUUCUGUGGUCAUUCUCAGGGUAAAAUUGGUCGGAUCGGAACUUAUGGUUGUAAAGGAGAUCCGGGUGAAAGGGUAAGUAAAACGUUAUCCUACAGUACGUUACGUAUACAGUACACACACACACACACACACACAAUAAUGAAUGCAGUAAAAUGUUGAUGUGAUAACAAGGAAUGGCCUCUUACUACUGAUGUUUUUGAAAGGGCCCAGAUGGUCAUCCGGGAAGUGCUGGUGAUAUAGGACCGCCCGGUGACCACGGAGAGAAGGUACCUGAGAGAACCCUCAGUCCGUCAAGGCUACUACAAUACCUCCUGUACCACAGAAACUCCAGACUUAGUUUAUGUAGUGUUUUAAAGACAACUGCGUUUACUAAACUUAGUUUAUGUACAGUUUUUUAUAGACCACUGUGUUUAAUGUGUGAAUGUUGAUGAUUCUAGGGAGACCCUGGUCAUAAUGGCAAACCAGGUCCCGCUGGACCUCCUGGAGAAGCUGGACUACCGGUACAGUAAUGGCAUCAUAAUACACUCUCACCUGGACCUAACAGUAACAACAAUACAAUACAUGCAGAUGUAAGGUACGCUAGCUAACGACAUCACAACUCAAGGAGGAUUCUCUCUCUGAAGAUGACAUGAAGAGUCAGUUGUUAUCACAUUGACACAUCCUCUAAUCGUUCUUCUUCCUUGCAGAGUUAUCCAGGAAGCCCUGGAAUUCCAGGCUCACCGGGAAUAAAAGGAAAACCAGUGAGUGACUUACAUAGACCUGGCUAUCCUUAUCAUUAGAAGUGACUUACAUAGACCUGGCUAUCCUUAUCAUUAGUACGGUAGUGCUGUAGUUCAUUGGAUCAGUAGUUCAGUAGUUCAGUAGUGCAGUAGUUCAGUAGUGCUGUAGUUCAGUAGUUCAGUAGUUCAGUAGUUCAGUAGUUCAGUAGUGCUGUAGUUCAGUAGUUCUGUAGUUCAGUAGUGCAGUAGUUCAGUAGUUCAGUAGUUCAGUAGUGCUGUAGUUCAGUAGUGCAGUAGUUCAGUAGUGCUGUAGUUCAGUAGUGCUGUAGUUCAGUAGUUCAGUAGUGCAGUAGUUCAGUAGUGCAGUAGUUCAGUAGUUCAGUAGUGCAGUAGUUCAGUAGUGCAGUAGUUCAGUAGUUCAGUAGUGCUGUAGUUCAGUAGUGCAGUAGUUCAGUAGUUCAGUAGUGCUGUAGUGCAGUAGUGCUUUAGUUCAGUAGUUCAGUAGUGCAGUAGUUCAGUAGUUCAGUAGUGCUGUAGUUCAGUAGUGUUGUAGUUCAGUAGUUCAGUAGUUCAGUAGUUCAGUAGUGCUGUAGUUCAGUAGUGCAGUAGUUCAGUAGUUCAGUAGUGCUGUAGUUCAGUAGUGUUGUAGUUCAGUAGUUCAGUAGUUCAGUAGUUCAGUAGUUCAGUAGUUCAGUAGUGCUGUAGUUCAGUAGUUCAGUAGUUCAGUAGUGCUGUAGUUCAGUAGUGCAGUAGUUCAGUAGUUCAGUAGUGCUUUAGUUCAGUAGUUCAGUAGUGCAGUAGUUCAGUAGUUCAGUAGUUCAGUAGUGCUGUAGUACAGUAGUUCAGUAGUUCAGUAGUGCUUUAGUUCAGUAGUUCAGUAGUGCAGUAGUUCAGUAGUUCAGUAGUGCUGUAGUACAGUAGUUCAGUAGUUCAGUAGUGCUUUAGUUCAGUAGUUCAGUAGUGCAGUAGUUCAGUAGUUCAGUAGUGCUGUAGUACAGUAGUUCAGUAGUUCAGUAGUGCUUUAGUUCAGUAGUUCAGUAGUGCAGUAGUUCAGUAGUUCAGUAGUUCAGUAGUUCAGUAGUGCUGUAGUACAGUAGUUCAGUAGUUCAGUAGUGCUUUAGUUCAGUAGUUCAGUAGUGCAGUAGUUCAGUAGUUCAGUAGUUCAGUAGUGCAGUAGUUCUUCAAUCUAAACUAACUGAUUCCUAAUUCCUGAUUCUUUCAGGGACUCAACGGUGGACCGGGACCAAAAGGCCAACCUGUACGCUGACUUGGCUAAGUGAUACAUUCUGAAAUGAUAAGUUAAAUAUUAAAUGCAAAGGGAUGGCUUUUGUUAAACAAUAAAUAUUGUCUACAUGUCUGUCGUUAGGGGCGACCAGGAGACCCUGGACCUAAGGGACUUCAUGGACGAGCUGGACCUAAAGGAGGCGAGGUCUGUCACCGUUCACAGGGUGGUUGUGUGAUACAGGACAUACUAUAUAGGAAAUGUUAUGCUACACUCUUAGAAAUGUAUUUUCCCACCUAGAUCCCAGUGGGAGAACCAUUGAAAAUGUAGAACCCUUUCCGCAGAGGUUUCUAAAUGUUGUACAUGGAACCCAAAAGGGUUCUUAAAAGGGUUCUCCGACGGGAACAGUCGAAGAACCUUUUUGGAACCUUAAUUUCUAAGCGUGUACAUUCUGUAAUACCAAUAGAUACAAUACAGUUGAAGUCUGUUUCAGUUCCUGCUGCAUUCAGACAGAUUCCAGGCAAACUGCCCAUAACAAAAACAAUGGCUGACUGAAAAUAUGAUGUCUGUUUGUGUAAAUAUUUGUCCAUGAAUAUUGAGUUCAAACUAAGCCUAAUGUAUUCUGUCAUUCCCAGGGUGAACCUGGUCUACAAGGGAAGCCAGGUCCUCAUGGGGAUAUCGGCCUCAAAGGAUCUAAGGUCAGAGAAACGGAGAAGAGAAUUUUGCAUUCUGGGUACAUGAUUCAGCAGUAACUCCCAUGGAAACAUAGACAGACAACACAGGGGGUUUCUCACUAAGAUACAGUACACUCCUUCUUUCAUAGAACAUUGGAAUUCUUGGUGCACUGACAAAUCAUUCGGGCUGAAAUACCAAUAUCUUUCAACCCACACAUAUUACACAAUAUUGAUAUUUUAAGGAUGUUAUUAAUUAUUCUAAAUUGUUCAUAUUUGUACUGUAGUCAGUGAUUCCAAAUGCAUGUCAAAAUGAGUAAUGAUGAGUUUUGAGAUGAAGCCAUUCCAGAGCUAAUGAGAAGCUGUUUUAGGGAUUUUCAAGACCUCAGCACCUGAUUCCCCUUUUUUGUUUAAACUGGGCUGAAGCAAGUUUGGGUACAUCUCUCUCUCUCUCUCUCUCUCUCUCUCUCUCUCUCUCUCUCUCUCUCUCUCUCUCUCUCUCUCUCUCUCUCUCUCUCUCUCUCUCUCUCUCUCUCUCUCUCUCUCUCUCUCUCUCUCUCUCUCUCUGUCUCUGUCUCUGUCUCUGUCUCUCUGUCUCUGUCUCUGUCUCUGUCUCUCUCUCUGUCUCUACUCAGAAGUUCCAAAAUAAUAAAGACAUUUCAAAUGUCAUAUUAUGUCUAUAUACAGUGUUGUAACGCUGUGCAAAUAGUUAAGAUACGAAAGGGAAAAUAAAUAAACAUAAAUAUGGUGUUAUGAUGAGUUUCUCUGGUGUCAAGUAAUUCAGGAUGCAAGAAUAUACUUAAACAAUUACAAGGGGAGUUAAUACAUAAUAUUUAAUAGAUACAGUACCGGGUUCGUCUAACAAAUGGCACAUGCUUUGCCUCUUGUCAUCCGAACUCCUAGACAAAGAAAACCUCUCAGUUUAUAUACUUCAUGUUACACGUUUCUUCAACAACAUCUGUUAACCAUCAGUGGGCACUCCCUCCUUUGAUGGUAUUAUCUUGUACCCCAAGUCAGUAUAUUCUAUCUAUCAAUCAUUCUAAGAUAAACCCCAGUAAUCUCCCUCGAUAUACUGGAAUCCUUGUUAUUCAGACUCUGAGGCACCAAGAGUCACUUAUCUAGUAAAUGUAACCUUGUUUACAUUUACAUUUUAAUCAUUUAGCAGACGCUCUUAUCCAGAGCGACUUACAGUUAGUGAGUGCAUACAUUAUCUUUUAUACCCCCCGUGGGAAUCGAACCCACAACGCUGGCGUUGCAAACGCCAUGCUCUACCAACUGAGCUACAUCCCUGCCGGCCAUUCCCUCCCCUCCCCUGGACGACGCUGGGCCAAUUGUGCGCCGCCCCAUGGGUCUCCCGGUCGCGGCCGGCUACGACAGAGCCUGGAUAAUUGUUCCCACAACACCAUGAAAAGACAUCAUAACAUAUGGGUUGAAUUUACAAUGGUGUUUGAUCUUCACUGGUUGCCCUUUUCCUGGCCUCUUCUCUCUCUGUGUGUGUGUGUGUGUGUGCGUGUGCGUGUGCGUGUGCGUGUGCGUGUGCGUGUGCGUGUCCCCUCCCUCUGUUUGUUUAGGGAGGUCCAGGGCUGCCAGGUCCAAGAGGACAUCAUGGAGAUAAUGGACCAGAUGGACCGAUGGUAUGUUGCUACUAUGACUAAUGCUACUCUACGACCACUACUCUACUAUCGUUACUACUGGUAUGAUACUGCUUAUACUACUCUACUGCUACUAAUAUUGCUACUGCUACUACUACGCUACUACUGCUACUACUACUACUACUACUACUGCUACUACUACUACUACUACUGCUACUACUACUACUACUACUACUACUACUACCACCACUACUACUACUACUCUACUCUACUCUAUUCUAAGAUAUCCUCCUGUUCUGAUCUUAUUGUUUGGCUGUUGCCAUGUCUACAUUUUGAGCAUACUGCGACAGUCUUCUCAUCUAAAUAAAGGUUAAAUAAAUACAUCUACAUUUUGGAAAUUGUUUAUUUAUUGAUGGUAGUCUAUACAUAUGUAUUUCAGUGACUAUGACUGCCAUGUGGGUAAAUUAAAAAAUAAAUUAAAAAAAGGAACUUGAAUACUUUAUGCAGAUAGUACUCAGUAUGGCAUCUCUGUGUUACAGGGUGCUGCUGGAGAGACUGGCGAUCCUGGACAGACUGGACCUCAUGGAGAUCCUGGACCAAAGGUUGGGUUAUAUAGAUCCUGGACCAAAGGUUGGGUUAUAUAGAUCCUGGACCUAGGGUUGGGUUAUAUAGAUCCUGGACCUAGGGUUGGGUUAUAUAGAUCCUGGACCUAGUGUUGGGUUAUAUAGAUCCUGGACCUAGGGUUGGGUUAUAUAGAUCCUGGACCUAGGGUUGGGUUAUAUAGAUCCUGGACCUAGGGUUGGGUUAUAUAUAUCCUGGACCUAGUGUUGGGUUAUAUAGAUCCUGGACCUAGGGUUGGGUUAUAUAGAUCCUGGACCUAGGGUUGGGUUAUAUAGAUCCUGGACCUAGGGUUGGGUUAUAUAGAUCCUGGACCUAGGGUUGGGUUAUAUAGAUCCUGGACCUAGGGUUGGGUUAUAUAGAUCCUGGACCUAGUGUUGAGUUAUAUAGAUCCUGGACCUAGUGUUGGGUUAUAUAGAUCCUGGACCUAGGGUUGGGUUAUAUAGAUCCUGGACCUAGGGUUGGGUUAUAUAGAUCCUGGACCUAGGGUUGGGUUAUAUAGAUCCUGGACCUAGGGUUGGGUUAUAUAGAUCCUGGACCUAGGGUUGGGUUAUAUAGAUCCUGGACCUAGGGUUGGGUUAUAUAGAUCCUGGACCUAGUGUUGGGUUAUAUAGAUCCUGGACCUAGGGUUGGGUUAUAUAGAUCCUGGACCAAAGGUAGGGUUGGGUUAUAUAGAUCCUGGACCUAGUGUUGGGUUAUAUAGAUCCUGGACCUAGGGUUGGGUUAUAUAGAUCCUGGACCUAGGGUUGGGUUAUAUAGAUCCUGGACCUAGUGUUGGGUUAUAUAGAUCCUGGACCUAGGGUUGGGUUAUAUAGAUCCUGGACCAAAGGUAGGGUUGGGUUAUAUAGAUCCUGGACCUAGGGUUGGGUUAUAUAGAUCCUGGACCUAGGGUUGGGAUAUAUAGAUCCUGGACCAAAGGUAGGGUUGGGUUAUAUAGAUCCUGGACCAAAGGUAGGGCUGGGUUAUAUAGAUCCUGGACCUAGGGUUGGUUUAUAUAGAUCCUGGACCUAGGGUUGGGUUAUAUAGAUCCUGGACCAAAGGUAGGGUUGGGUUAUAUAGAUCCUGGACCUAGGGUUGGGUUAUAUUGAUCCUGGAACUAGGGUUGGGUUAUAUAGAUCCUGGACCUAGGGUUGGGUUAUAUAGAUCCUGGACCUAGUGUUGGGUUAUAUAGAUCCUGGACCUAGGGUUGGGUUAUAUAGAUCCUGGACCUAGGGUUGGGUUAUAUAGAUCCUGGACCUAGGGUUGGGUUAUAUAGAUCCUGGACCUAGUGUUGGGUUAUAUAGAUCCUGGACCUAGGGUUGGGUUAUAUAGAUCCUGGACCAACGGUAGGGUUGGGUUAUAUAGAUCCUGGACCUAGUGUUGGGUUAUAUAGAUCCUGGACCUAGUGUUGGGUUAUAUAGAUCCUGGACCAAAGGUAGGGUUGGGUUAUAUAGAUCCUGCACCUAGUGUUGGGUUAUAUAGAUCCUGGACCUAGGGUUGGGUUAUAUAGAUCCUGGACCAAAGGUAGGGUUGGGUUAUAUAGAUCCUGGACCUAGUGUUGGGUUAUAUAGAUCCUGGACCUAGGGUUGGGUUAUAUAGAUCCUGGACCUAGGGUUGGGUUAUAUAGAUCCUGGACCUAGGGUUGGGUUAUAUAGAUCCUGGACCAAAGGUAGGGUUGGGUUAUAUAGAUCCUGGACCUAGGGUUGGGUUAUAUAGAUCCUGGACCUAGGGUUGGGUUAUAUAGAUCCUGGACCUAGUGUUGGGUUAUAUAGAUCCUGGACCUAGGGUUGGGUUAUAUAGAUCCUGGACCAACGGUAGGGUUGGGUUAUAUAGAUCCUGGACCUAGUGUUGGGUUAUAUAGAUCCUGGACCUAGUGUUGGGUUAUAUAGAUCCUGGACCAAAGGUAGGGUUGGGUUAUAUAGAUCCUGGACCUAGUGUUGGGUUAUAUAGAUCCUGGACCUAGGGUUGGGUUAUAUAGAUCCUGGACCAAAGGUAGGGUUGGGUUAUAUAGAUCCUGGACCUAGUGUUGGGUUAUAUAGAUCCUGGACCUAGGGUUGGGUUAUAUAGAUCCUGGACCAAAGGUAGGGUUGGGUUAUAUAGAUCCUGGACCUAGGGUUGGGUUAUAUAGAUCCUGGACCUAGGGUUGGGUUAUAUAGAUCCUGGACCUAGUGUUGGGUUAUAUAGAUCCUGGACCUAGUGUUGGGUUAUAUAGAUCCUGGACCUAGGGUUGGGUUAUAUAGAUCCUGGACCUAGUGUUGGGUUAUAUAGAUCCUGGACCUAGGGUUGGGUUAUAUAGAUCCUGGACCAAAGGUAGGGUUGGGUUAUAUACAUCCUGGACCUAGUGUUGGGUUAUAUAGAUCCUGGACCUAGGGUUGGGUUAUAUAGAUCCUGGACCAAAGGUAGGGUUGGGUUAUAUACUGUAGAUCCUGGAUCAAAGGUGGGAUUGAGUUAUAAUAUACAUUCUGGACCAAAGGUGGGAUUGAGUCAUGUAGAUCCUUGACUAAAAGUGGGGUUGGGUUACAAUAUAGAUCCUGGACCAAAGGUUGGUUUGGGUUAUAUACAGUACCAGUCAAAAGUUUGGACACACCUACUAAUUCAACUAUUUUAUACAUUGUAGAAUAAUAGUGAAGACUUCAAAACUAUGAAAUAACACAUAUGGAAUCAUGUAGUAACCAAAAAAGUGUUAAACAAAUCAAAAUAUAUUUUAUUUUUGAGAUUCUUUGCCUUGAUGACAGCUUUGCACACUCUUGGCAUUCUCUCAACCAGCUUCAUGAGGUAGUCACCUGGAAUGCAUUUCAAUUAGCAGGUUUACCUUCUUAAAGUUAAUUUGUGGAAUUUAUUUCCUUCUUAAUGCGUGUAGUGUAUCUUGUCGCUGCUGGUGCUCAUUGCUGUCAAACAAAGAGUCCGCUUAGGCUGCACUUUGAUUAGAAGUUUUAUUCAUAUCACAAGAUGUCAGCAUAAGUUUACAGACCCGCAGUGUCUGGAGAAACAGCGUCCCAAAAUAAUCUGUCUGUUUCUGACCCCCUCUCCCUCCAGCAUAUUCUUAUAAACAAUGCAAAAAUAUGGGUUGCUCCCUCUGCUGUCCAAUCACCUGUCUCCCCUGGGGCGUCACUCUACAAAUGACUACUUUUGCACUAAGAUAAACAUCCCCUCUUUGUUCCUCUAGAAUAGUCAUAAUGUUAAUAUACUACAUGUGAGCCAAUCAGUUGUGUUGUGACAAGCUAGUGGGGUAUACAGAAGAUAGCCAUAUUUGGUAAAAGACCAAGUCCAUAUUAUGGCAAGAAAAGCUCAAAUAAGCAAAGAGAAAUGACAGUCCAUCAUUACUUUAAGACAUGAAGGUCAGUCAAUACUGAACAUUUCAAGAACUUUUAAAGUUUCUUCAAGUGCAGUUGCAAAAACCAUCAAGAGGUAUGAUACAACUGGCUCUCAUGAGGACUGCCACAGGAAUGGAAGACCCAGAGUUACCUCUGCUGCAGAGGUCAAGCUCAUUAGAGUUACCAGCCUCAGAAAUUGCAGCCCAAAUAAAUGCUUCACAGAGUUCAAGUAACAGACACAUCUCAACAUCAACUGUUCAGAGGAGACUGUGUGAAUCAGGCCUUCAAUGUCGAAUUGCUGCAAAGAAACCACUUACUAAAGGACACCAAUAAGAAGAAGAGACUUGCUUGGGCCAAGAAACACGAGCAAUGGACAUUAGACCGGUGGAAAUCUGUCCUUUGGUCUGGACUCCAAAUUUGAGAUUUUUGGUUCAAACCGCCGUGUCUUUGUGAGACGCGGUGUGGGUGAACGGAUGAUCUCUGCAUGUGUAGCUCCCACCGUAAAGCAUGGAGGAGGAGGUGUUAUGGUGUGGGGGUGCUAUGCUGGUGAAACUGUCUGUGAUUGAUUUAGAAUUCAAGGCACACUUAACCAGCAUGGCUACCACAGCAUUCUGCAGCGAUACGCCAUCCCAUCUGGUUUGGGCUUAGUGGGAAUGUCAUUUGUUUUUCAACAGGACAAUGACCCAACACACCUCCAGGCUGUGUAAGGGCUAUUUUACCAAGAAGGAGAGUGAUGGAGUGCUGCAUCAGAUGACCUGGCCUCUACAAUCCCCUGACCUCAACCCAAUUGAGAUGGUUUGGGAUGAGUCAUUUACAUUUACAUUUUAGUCAUUUAGCAGACGCUCUUAACCAGAGCGACUUACAGGAGCAAUUAGGGUUAAGUGCCUUGCUCAAGGGCACAUUAACGUCAUUUAGCAGACGCUCUUAGCCAGAGCGACUCACAAAUUGGUGCGUUCACCCUAUAGCCAGUGGGAUAACCACUUUACAAUUUGGGGGGGGUUAGAAGGAAUACUUUAUCCUAUCCCAGGUAUUCCUUAAAGAGGUGGGGUUUCAAAUGUCUCCGGAAGGUGGUGAGUGACUCCGCUGUCCUGGCGUUGUGAGGGAGCUUGUUCCACCAUUGGGGUGCCAGAGCAGCGAACAGUUUUGACUGGGCUGAGCGGGAGCUAUGCUUCCGCAGAGGAAGGGGAGCCAGCAGGCCAGAGGUGGAUGAACGCAAUGUCCUUGUUUGGGUGUAGGGACUGAUCAGAGCCUGAAGGUACAGAGGUGCCGUUCCCCUCACUGCUCCAUAGGCAAGCACCAUGGUCUUGUAGCGGAUGCGAGCUUCAACUGGAAGCCAGUGGAGUGUGCGGAGGAGGGGGGUGACGUGAGAGAACUUGGGAAGGUUGAACACCAGACGGGCUGCGGCAUUCUGGAUGAGUUGUAGGGGUUUAAUGGCACAGGCAGGGAGCCCAGCCAACAGCGAGUUGCAGUAGUCCAGACGGGAGAUGACAAGUGCCUGGACCAGGACCUGCGCCGCUUCCUGUGUAAGGCAGGGUCGCACUCUCCGAAUGUUGUAGAGCAUGAACCUGCAGGAGCGGGUCACCGCCUUGAUGUUGGCGGAGAACGACAGGGUGUUGUCCAGGGUCACGCCUAGGCUCUUCGCACUCUGGGAGGAGGACACAGCGGAGUUGUCAACCGUGAUGGCGAGAUCAUGGAACGGGCAGUCCUUCCCCGGGAGGAAGAGCAGCUCCGUCUUGCCAGGGUUCAGCUUGAGGUGGUGAUCCGUCAUCCAUACUGAUAUGUCUGCCAGACAUGCAGAGAUGCGAUUCGCCACCUGGUUAUCAGAAGGGGGAAAGGAGAAGAUUAGUUGUGUAUCGUCAGCGUAGCAAUGAUAGGAAAGGCCAUGUGAGGAUAUGACAGAGCCAAGUGACUUGGUGUAUAGGGAGAAAAGGAGAGGGCCCAGAACCGAUCCCUGGGGGACACCAGUGGUGAGAGCACGUGGUGCGGAGACAGCUUCCCGCCACGCCACUUGGUAGGAGCGACCGGUCAGGUAGGACGCAAUCCAGGAGUGAGCCGCGCCGGAGAUGCCCAUCUCGGAGAGGGUGGAGAGGAGGAUCUGAUGGUUCACAGUAUCAAAGGCAGCAGACAGGUCUAGAAGGACAAGAGCAGAGGAGAGAGAGUUAGCUUUAGCAGUGCGGAGAGUCUCCGUGACACAGAGAAGAGCAGUCUCAGUUGAAUGACCAGUCCUGAAACCUGAUUGGUUUGGAUCAAGAAGGUCAUUCUGAGAGAGAUAGCAAGAGAGUUGGCUAAAGACGGCACGCUCAAUAGUUUUGGAAAGAAAAGAAAGAAGGGAUACUGGUCUGUAGUUGUUGACAUCAGUGGGGUCGAGUGUUGGUUUUUUGAGAAGGGGAGUAACUCUCGCUCUCUUGAAGACGGAAGGGACAUGGCCAGCGGUCAAGGAUGAGUUGAUCAGCGAGGUGAGGUAGGGGAGAAGGUCACCGGAGAUGGUCUGGAGAAGGGAGGAGGGGAUGGGGUCAAGCGGGCAGGUUGUUGGGCGGCCUGCAGUCACAAGUCGCAGGAUUUAUCUGGAGAGAGAGGGGAGAAAGAAGUCAAAGCAUAGGGUAGGGCAGUGUGAGCAGGACCAGCAGUGUCAUUUAACAAACGAGGAUCGGACAGACUUAACAAACGAGGAUCGGAUGUCGUCAACCUUCUUUUCAAAGUGGUUGACGAAGUCAUCCACAGAGAGAGAGGAGGGGGGGGGGGGGGGGAGGAUUCAGGAGGGAGGAAAAUGUGGCAAAGAGCUUCCUAGGGUUAGAGGCAGAUGCUUGGAAUUUAGAGUGGUAGAAGGUGGCCUUAGCAGCAGAAACAGAUGAAGAAAAUGUAGAGAGGAGGGAGUGAAAAGAUGCCAGGUCGGCAGGGAGUUUAGUUUUCUUCCAUUUCCGCUCCGCUGCCCGGAGCUCUGUUCUGUGAGCUCGCAAUGAGUCAUCAAGCCACAGAGCUGGAGGGGAGGACCGAGCCGGCCAGGAGGAUAGGGGACACAGAGAGUCAAAGGAUGCAGAAAGGGAGGAGAGGAGGGUUGAGGAGGCAGAAUCAGGAGAUUGGAGGGAGAAGGAUUGAGCAGAGGGAAGAGAUGAUAGGAUGGAAGAGGAGAGAGUAGUGGGAGAGAGAGAGCGAAGGUUGCGGCGGCGCAUUACCAUCUGUGUAGGGGCAGAGUGAGUAGUGUGGGAGGAGAGUGAGAGAGAAAAGGAAACAAAGUAGUGGUCGGAGACAUGGAGGGGAGUUGCAGUGAGAUUAGUAGAGGAGCAGCAUCUAGUGAAGAUGAGGUCAAGCGUAUUGCCUGCCUUGUGAGUAGGGGGGGACGGUGAGAGGGUGAGGUCAAAAGAGGAGAGGAGUGGAAAGAAGGAGGCAGAGAGAAAUGAGUCAAAUGUGGACAUAGGGAGGUUGAAAUCCCCCAAAACUGUGAGGGGUGAGCCAUCCUCAGGGAAGGAACUUAUCAAGGCGUCAAGCUCAUUGAUGAACUCUCCAAGGGAACCUGGAGGGCGAUAGAUGACAAGGAUAUUAAGCUUAAAUGGGCUAGUGACUGUGACAGCAUGGAAUUCAAAUGAGGAGAUAGACAGAUGGGUUAGGGGAAAAAUUGAGAAUGUCCACUUGGGAGAGAUGAGGAUUCCUGUACCACCACCCCUCUGACCAGAUGCUCUCGGGGUAUGCGAGAACACAUGGUCAGACGAGGAGAGAGCAGUAGGAGUAGCGGUGUUUUCAGUGGUGAUCCAUGUUUCCGUCAGCGCCAGGAAGUCGAGGGACUGGAGGUUGGCAUAGGCUGGGAUGAAGUCAGCUUUGUUGGCAGCAGAACGGCAGUUCCAGAGGCUGCCUGCGACCUGGAACUCCACGUGGGUGGUGCGUGCAGGGACCACCAGGUUGGAGAGGCAGCAGCCACGCGGUGUCGGACCGCAGAGUGAAGGAAAAGCAGCCAACAAGUGCUCAGCAUAUGUGGGAACUCCUUCAAGACUGUUGGAAAAGCAUUCCAGGUGAAGCUGGUUGAGAGAAUGCCAAGAGUGUGCAAAGCUGUCAUCAAGGCAAAGGGUGGCUAUUUGAAGAAUCUCAAAUAUAUUUUGAUUUGUUUAACACUUUUUUGGUUACUACAUGAUUCCAUGUGUUAUUUCAUAGUUUUGAUGUCUUCACUAUUAUUCUACAAUGUAGAAAAUAGUCAAAAUAAAGAAAAACUCUUGAAUGAGUAGGUGUGUCCAAACUUUGGACUGGUAGUGUAGAUCCUGACCCAAAGAUUGGUCCAGGAUCUAUAUAAUCCAACCCUAAGGUAGUGUUGAAUUAUAAUAUACACUAUAUGUGCAAAAGUAUUGGCAGUAGAAUCGCCUUACUGAAGAGCUCAGUGACUUUCAACGUGGCACCAUCAUAGGAUGCCACCUUUCCAAGAAGUCAGUUCGUCAAAUGUCUGCCCUGCUAGAUCUGCCCCAGUCAACUGUAAGUGCUGUUAUUGUGAAGUGGAAACGUCUAGGAGCAACAACGGCUCAGCCGCGAAGUGUUCACAGAACAGCUCAGCCACACAAGCUCACAGAACAGGACCGCUGAAGCACGUAGCGCAUAAAAAUCGCCUGUCCUGGUUGCGUAGCGCUGUUCUUGGUUGCAACACUCACUACCGAGUUCCAAACUGCCUCUGGAAGCAAUGUCAGCACAAGAACUGUUCGUCGGGAGCUUCAUGAAAUGGGUUUCCAUGGCCGAGCAGCCGCACACAAGCCUAAGAUCGCCAUGCGCAAUGCCAAGCGUCGGCUGGAGUGGUGUAAAGCUCGCCGCCAUUGGACUCUGGAGCAGUGGAAACGCGUUCUCUGGAGUGAUGAAUCACGCUUCACCAUCUGGCAGUCCGACAGACGAAUCUGGGUUUGGCGGAUGCCAGGAGAACUCUACUUGCCCCAAUGCAUAGUGCCAACUCUAAAGUUUGGUGGAAGAUGAAUAAUGGUCUGGGGCUGUUUUUCACGGUUCGGGCUAGGCCCCUUAGUUCCAGUGAAGGGAAAUCUUAACGCUACAACAUACAAUGACAUUCUAGAUGAUUCUGUGCUUCCAACUUUGUGGCAACAGUUUGGGGAAGGCCCUUUCCUUAGUGGACACUUCCCACAGUGUAAUAUAGUUAGUGGACACUUCCCACAGUGUAAUGUAGUUAGUGGACACUUCCCACAGUGUAAUGUAGUUCAUCAUCUUCUGUGUUUUAGGGUGACAAAGGAAGAGAUGGGUUCAACUAUCCUGGACAAAGAGGAGAAACGGUACAGUUUGACAUUUGACAAGAUGAAUGUGGUCAGCUCAAGAGUUCAAAAUACUGUUGUAUUGUGAUGCUGUCUGUCUGUCUGUCUGUCUGUCUGUCUGUCUGUCUGUCUGUCUGUCUGUCUGUAUGUAUGUCAGGGAGUCAGAGGGGAUAAAGGACAUCCAGGCCCUUUGGGAAGCAGAGGGAACUGUGGCAGCAAAGGAGAAGCUGGGAAGAAAGGACCAAAUGGUGAACCGGUAAGCUCCAGCUGCUGUCGUGAACAGCUGAAUAUACACUUGGAAGAUGUUAUAUCCAUUAAUGUGGAUGGUUAGCCUAGGAUUAGUUUAUAUCCAUUAAUGUGGAUAGUUAGCCUAGGAUUAGUUUAUAUCCAUUAAUGUGGAUGGUUAGCCUAGGAUUAGUUUAUAUCCAUUAAUGUGGAUAGUUAGCCUAGGAUUAGUUUAUAUCCAUUAUCCAUCAGUUGUGUACUACGUCAUCCAGUUGUGUACUACGUCAUCCAGUUGUGUACUACGUCAUCCAGUUGUGUACUACGUCAUCCAGUUGUGUACUACGUCAUCCAGUUGUGUACGACGUCAUCCAAUUUGUGCAAUAUGUUAGGAAUGUUGUGCUUAAGAUCCCAGAGUGCAUCUUUAAGUGGUGAAGUUCAGGGUUACCCUGGUAGUUGCUAACCUUAGAGCAUUCUGGAAGGGAGGAGUCAGUGCUCUAAAGAACACGUUUGUGUUCUAUUCUUGAGAAGUGGUGAGCUGAGUAACGUGUUUGGGCUCACUGAAGUCACUGAAGAACCUGUCUUUGUGUUGUUGUUGUCCAGGGGCAUCCAGGUCAACAGGGAGUGGAUGGGAGGAGAGGAGCCAGAGGAGGACCUGGGGCUCCUGUAAGACAGUCAUCAGCGGCUGGCUGCGUUACUCAGACUCUGAUCAGACAUUACAACUGUAGAAGAACAUUAUGCUUACUGUUCAAGCUCCCCUCAAUGUCUGUUUACCCAUCGGUACACUUUUUUCUUACAGGGUGAUCCUGGACCAGAGGGAGACCCUGGCCUUUCUGUAA